AUGGGUAUGUUCCUUGUAUUUGACUUUUGGGAAGCCGGCUCUGGCAGGUGGUCAUCGGAUGAUCUUGUAAUACCAGAGCAGUUAUAUACAGACCUGCCCGUCUGCUUAGCCAUCAUCAGUGGAGACACAGAGGGCAAGAUGAGUAAAUUAAAAGAGCUUCUAGCAUCUGGGACAGAGCAGAAGAAGCUUUCGGAGGAUAUCUACCUGAAUGUGACAAAGGACUGUCCAGCUUACAUUCAAAAGAGAGAUUUCAUUACAGUGCCUCUCAGUGAAGAGGAGAAUGACUUUCCCAUUGCCUACUCCAUUGUGAUCCAUGAGAAAAUUGAAAUGUUUGAGCGACUUCUUCGAGCAGUUUAUGCACCUCAAAACAUCUACUGUGUGCACGUGGACCAAAAGUCCUCUGAAGAAUUUCAGAAGGCUGUGGAGGCUAUUGUUGCCUGUUUCCCCAAUGUGUUUAUAGCUACAAAACUAGAAAAGGUGAUUUAUGCCUCCUGGUCCCGUGUGCAAGCAGAUCUGAACUGCAUGACAGAUCUGUUGAAGUCACCCGUAAAGUGGAGGUACCUGCUCAACGCCUGUGGGACAGACUUCCCUAUUAAAACCAAUGGAGAGAUGGUUAAAAUACUCAAGAUCCUAAAUGGAAGGAACAGUAUGGAGACUGAGGCGGCCGGCGACUACAAGAAAGCCCGUUGGCAAUAUCAUCACAUGGUGACCGACAGUGUUAUCAGGACAGAUGAGAUGAAAAGUCCCCCGCCGAUUAGCAGCCCGAUGUUCACAGGGAAUGCCUACUUUGUGGUCUCAAGAGACUUUGUGACACAUGUGAUGCAGGACACAGAGGUUCAGAAACUCCUGGAGUGGUCGAAGGACACAUAUAGCCCUGACGAGCACUUGUGGGCCACUCUACAGAGGAUGCCCUCUGUACCCGGAUCGACGCCUGCCGACAGCAAGUUUGAUUUGUCAGACAUGCUAAGCCUCGCUCGUGUGGUGAAGUGGAGCUAUUUGGCAGGUGAUGUAAAAAAAGGAAGUCCGUACCCUCAUUGCACUGGUGUUUACAGACGAGCCGUUUGUGUGUACGGAGCUGGUGACCUCCGGUGGCUGCUGAGUCAACAACACCUUCUUGCAAAUAAGUUUGAUGUUGAAGUUGAUGACAUUGCCAUCAGAUGUUUGGAGACUGUAUUGCGUUUCAGAGCUUCAGGCCUUGACCCACUGCUCAAAGGUUAAUCUUCUACCAUGUUGUAAUGAUUUUGAUCAUGUUAAAUGUAUAAUAUUAAAGAUAUCUUCCACAGUCAUAAAAAAAUGGCCUAGUAUAAAAUCAUAAGGGGUCUUCUACUGGGUUGUUUAAAUGUUAUGCUGCUGUGGUAUG